AUGGAUACUGGUAGACAGUCGGAAUGUACGGGCCCCGCUGGAACUGCGGUUGACAGCGUCAGGGUCAGUGUGACGGCGGUGGCGGCCGUCAGGGCCGAUGGCCGUUGUCCGCCGCAGCAAUCGAUUAUAGAUGUCGCUGCUGCAGCGGUAUCGACCGCAGCGCCGUCUGGUGGUGAUAGCCGGGAUAGUGGCGAAGAAAUAACGAUGAACAACGACGACGGCGAAGGCGAGUUGAGGUUGAAAAGGAAGGGGGACAUCGGCGAGGGACAAGACGAUGUUAGCGGCGGCGGCGGCGGAGACGGAGGCGAUGGCGGUUGCGGUUGCGGAGUCACGAGGAACGACCAGGAGGCAGCAGGCAACGACGGCGGCGGUGCGGGUAAAAAGCGACGAAAGCGCCGUCGACGGGCGCGCAGACGCCGCUGGAAGCCCUACUUCAAGCUGACGGUCGAGGAACGGCGGCGGUUGGAGGAACGCGAGGAACGGCGCGCCGAAAGAAUACGUGCCGAGCGCGACGACCUGGCCAGCGUGGACGCGAUUGUGGACACGAUCCGGCAGCGGCGCGCUACCGUGACCACAACCGGCGACGAAUCGGCAGGCUCUGGUGGGUCCCCUGCUGGGGGCAAGGGUGACUCACUGAACUCGUCAGGCACAGACUACAGUGUGAUGGAGCGCGAAUUCGACCUCGAUUACGAGUCGGUGUAUGCCGAACGGCUGGAGUCGAUGACCAAGGCCGAACUAGUGGCCGACUACGUCCAGUUGGAGAAAGAGCUGGCCGCGGUCCGUACCGAGUUGCUGGCCAAGAACCGUUACAUCGCCGAGUUGGAGGCGCGCCUUUCUCUCGAUGACCGGCAGCAAGCGGCCGCUGCUGCCGCCGCCACAGCCCCCACACCCACUCCCACACGGACGGUCGUCAAUGGCCACUCCGCCGCUGCCGCCGCCAUGGCCGGGCUCCCCUACGACGGACAGGACGAUGAGGACCAUCGCAUGAACGACGAUGACGUCUAUGAAGACGGUAAACGUCAUCUUCCUCCGGCUAACGUUUGA